AUGGCCGCCGUCGCAGAGAACGGCCACCCCGUGGCUGACGAGAACACUGCUCCCGCCGUUGGUCCCUCGGCCGAUGAGCUCGUGACCGUCUUCCACAACCCUGAGAACUUCAACGUCAAGCACCCGCUCAUGCAUGAGUGGACACUCUGGUUCACCAAGCCCCCCAGCGGCAAGGGCGAUAACUGGAAUGAUUUGCUUAAGGAAGUCGUUACAUUCAGCUCCGUGGAGGAAUUCUGGGGCAUCUACAACAACAUUACUCCCACCUCCGAGCUGGGCCUCAAGGCCGACUACCACCUCUUCAAGAAGGGCGUACGACCGGAAUGGGAGGACGCGCAGAACAAGCACGGUGGCAAGUGGUCAUACCAGUUCAAGGACAAGCGCUCCGUCCCGAUCGAUGAUCUCUGGCUGCACGCGCAGCUUUCUGCAAUUGGCGAGACACUGGAGGCCGACGAUGACAACGAGGUGAUGGGAGUGGUCGUCAACGUUCGCAAGGGUUUCUACCGUGUCGGUCUGUGGACACGUACCGUCGGCAAGGGCAUUCCUGGCGACAAGAGUGCCCGUACCCCCGCUCAGGGCAAGGAGGUGUUGGAGGCCAUUGGUGCGCGGUUCAAGGACGUGCUCCGCCUUAAGGAGGCGGACGUGGUGGAGUUCUCCGGCCACACCGACAGCGCGCACAGUGGUAGCACCCGUGCCAAGGCCAAGUACACCGUUUAA